UUAAGAACACUCUUCUUCCUUUUAGGUAAAUGGAAGAGCUGGAGACCAGUUUAUUCCAGACACGGAAAGCACAUAGAAUAGAACAAAUGGUGGCAAGAUGGCUUCGGCGCUCCCGGGACAGCUCGGCCCGGGCUAAAGUUGCUGCAGCUGAUGGGCCCGCCAGGAACCCAACUCAGACCCUCAUCCCUGUGCGGCACACAGUAAAGAUAGACAAAGACACCCUCCUCCAGGACUACGGAUUUCACAUUUCUGAGAGCCUUCCCCUUACAGUGGUGGCUGUCACAGCAGGAGGCUCUGCACAUGGCAAGCUUUUCCCUGGUGAUCAGAUCCUCCAAAUGAACAAUGAGCCUGCUGAAGACCUUUCCUGGGAACGAGCAGUUGAUAUUCUCAGGGAAGCGGAAGAGUCUCUUUCAAUCACAGUUGUUCGCUGCACAUCGGGAGUCCCUAAAUCGUCCUUCCUGACCGAGGAGAAGAGAGCCAGGCUGAAGACCAACCCUGUGAAGGUGCACUUUGCUGAAGAAGUGCUCAUCAGUGGACACAGCCAGGGUAAUUCUCUGCUGUGCAUGCCCAACGUGCUCAAGCUAUACUUGGAGAAUGGACAGACCAAAGCUUUCAAGUUUGAGGCAAACACAACCGUGAAGGACAUCAUCCUCACUGUGAAGGAGAAGCGUCCAUCCGAAGUAUCGAGUACUUUGCACUGGCCCUGGAAGAGCAGUACAGCAUCUCCCGGCUGCACCUGCUACACGAAGAGGAACUCAUCCAGCAG